GGUGAAAAACUUCUGCCACUGGAGAAGGCAAUCGGUCACCUUUCUGGUUUGGGAACAGAAUCCAAGCAGAAAGCUGCCGUGGUGAGAGAUCUGCAGGAGGAGAUCGCAGCCAUGGCCAAGAGCCUGGCUCAGGCGGCGGCAAGGAACGAGGUGGAGCUGACGCAGAAGCUGCUGGCCUUCGACAGAGAGCUGGGGGACAAACGGGAGGAGAUCCAAGCCUUGAGGGAACAGAUCAGCCACCUGCAGAAAGGCUCCAGUGAGGUUUUCAGCCAUUCCCUCUACGAGAGAGACCUGGAGAUUGGAAGGCUGCAGAAGGAAAGCGAGAAGUUGAAGAGGGACCAUGCUUUGGCAGCAGGUCUAGCCAGCAGCCUGCAAAGGGAGAUUGGCGACAAGGAGCAGAAAAUGCAGCAACUCCAGCAAGAUGUUGAGAAACUGAAGAAGGAAAACAGAGAUAAGGACAAUCAGCUGGUGGUCGUGUCUGCCAAGUGCUCUAGAAUCGAAGAGGAACUGAAGCGUGAAGUUGGUGAGCGAGAGGCGAUGGCGUGGCAAAAGCGCAUCGGGGAGCUGGAACAUGACCUGGAGGGGCUGCGGGGGCAAGUGCAGAGGUAUUGCAGCGAGCAGGAGAGCACCCGAAAGCAGCUGGCUGAGAAAGCCAAGGCUGAGGAGGAGCUGAAGGAAGCUGGUGCCAGGCAAGUGCUGCAGCUGCAGGAGAUGGGGCGCAGGGAGCGAGUGCUGAGAGCCGACCUGGAACGGGCCAAGGAGCAGCUGGAGUCCUUCAAAACCCAAGUGAUGGGAUUCUGUUCUCCAGCGGCAGCGGGUGUUGGAGGGAAAGCUGUUACGGAGCAGCAGGUGAUAGAACAGGUCAGGCAGAUCUCCAAAGAAAACCAACAGAGUCACGAGCGAGAGAAGUGUCUGCAGGAGGAAUUAAGCUCCAGGCUUGGCAAGGAAAAGAAGAUAGCUGACAACAUGGAGAUGUUGAAGAAAUCCCUGCGGGAGCUGCAGGCCUGCCUGCUGAGCUCCUGCAGCAGCGAGAACCUGCGAGGGGAGCUGGGGCGGCUGGAGGCGGCGUGCUCAGAGCCCUCCAUGUUGGCCCUCAGGACAGCGGUGCUGGAGGUGGCUCGUGUCCCCCUGUCCUGGCUGGAGGGCGCGGAGCGGCUCCUGGCCAGCGUGGGGAUGGACCCACACACCUCCAGCAAAGGGCUGGUGGCUGCUUUUGGGAAAUUGGUGGAAAACACUCAGGAAACUGCACAGAGGAACCGGAUGUUACAGGCCCAAUUAGAGAAGGUCCAGGAGUCGCAGGCAGCUUUGCUGCAGGAGCUCGUGAAGCAACUGGAAGAGAAACACGAGCAAGACCUACAGACAAAAAUCAAGCAAAUUAUCCUGGAGAAGGACCAGGAGAACAAAGAGAUUCUGGAGAGCGCCAUCGCCAAGGAGAAAGACAAUUGUAAGCAAUCUGUGGAGGAAGAACAAAAGAAGAUCCGAGAGCUGGAGAGCCACCUGACAGAUGUGAUGGAGGUUCUUGAGAGGAAGUCCAAGGAGCAGGAGGUGGCAGAGGACAAACUGAAAGAAGCCUUGCUCAACCUGGAGGAAGCCACGGCGCGAGAGAUGGCGUUACAGCAGCAGGUCCUUACACGAGAUGAGAAGCUCCAGAGCGUUCAGGAGGAGAAUGAGUUUCAGAGGCAGAAACUGCAGGAGGAAAUAGUGGAAUAUAAAGAGCAGAUCAAGCAGCAUUCCCUGACGAUCGUGGCUUUGGAGGAGAGGUUGCUGGAGGCCGAGCAGCAGCAGAAGACACUGGAGGAGGAAAAUGCAGCCUUGGUGGGAAAAAUGGCAGGGUUGCGGGGUGAUGGCGAUGAGUCGACGCGGGGAGCCUGGCCAGGGGUUUCUCCUGUGACAGAGUCACGUUGCUGUCUGAGGGAGGAGCUGGCGGCGGCGCAGAGCGCGCUCCUGUCCAAGGAGGCCAUCAUUGCUGGUCUAACCAAAGAGCUGGUGGAAACCAGAGCCCGGAUGUCAGACAUGAGAGGGGAGCUGAGCGAGGAGCAGAAGGUGGAACUGGAGCAGAACAGGAGCCGGGUGCAGUGUCAAGAGCAGGAACUGAAGCUGCUCAGAGAGAAGCUCUCUCAGAUGGCCAACCUGGUGGAGAAGAGGGAUGGAGCCCUGCAAGCAGCAGCUGAAGAGUUAAGGCGAGCCCAAGCCCGCUGCCAAGCGCUGGAGGAUGCCUCCCAAGAAACGUCGGAGAAGUUGGUGGAUCCUCCUGGGAUGCCGGCACCAACGGAUGAAGCCUCCGAGGGGGAGCCGGCGCUGGACUUGGCCGAUCUCGGCGCAAAAUGCCGAGGCCUCCGGCACGAGGAAACGAUCCAGCGGCAAAAAGAAGGUUUGGCCGAGCUGCGGGAGAGAGUGAAGAUGCUGGAGAAGAAGCUGCCCUCAGUUGUCAUGAAGCGUGGUUCGGAGCCACGGGUGGUGCUGAGGAAAGACUUGGUGGAGCAAAGAGCCCAGCAAACAGGUCUCAAGAAGGAACCUGCAACUGUGUCGGGAUCAAAACUGAAGGUGGUCAAGGUUGAUGACCAUGUUCCUACCGGGGGCUCACGUGGGGCUGCUGAUGGGGCAGUGAGCUUGGAGAUGGCUGAUGGGACUGACCUCGGUGAGAAGAUGUACCUGGACGUCAUCGGGGCUCUGGGCAGGCUGAUGAAGAUGAAGGAGCUCUCAGGAAUGCAGUCUCUGAAGCACCUGCCUCAGGAGGAGAGAGACAAAGCGGGACUGCAGAGACGGAAGGACCUGGAGCUGCUGUACGAGAAGAUCAGGAACCUCAAGAGUCGCCUGGAAAGGAAAGAGGAGAUGCUGAAAGAUUACGAGGCCAGCAUGGAGCAGCUGAGGCUGAACCAAGCAUCGCUGCAAAGGUGCCAGGAGGAGAUGUCCAAACUGGAAGAUGAAGCCUACAGGGAAGCAGAAGAGAAGGCUCUGCUGAGAGAGGCCCUGGAGAGGACACAGCUCCAGCUGAACCAGGAGAAGGUGCUGCGAGCAGCCAAGCUGCAGAAGCCUGGAGCCAAGAAGCCUUUCUGCUUGGGGAAGCUGAAGGCCAAGGAGCACAGGGCAGAAGCUGUCAAGAAGGGAAGCGC